AUGCUAUUUUCUGUAAAAUUAAAAUCAACAAUUGUGUUAUUCUCGUUAUUUUUCAUCAUCUAUGCAGAUAUUCCAAUUAUUACUGGUGUCAUUCCUAGUGAAUUUGUCAGUCUUGAAGAAGGUGUUAUCGAAGUUCCAGCAAAUAAAAAUAUUACAUUGUAUAUUUAUGGUGAAAAUUUGGAGAAUGUUACUUUCAUUUCCUUUGCAACAUCCAAAGAUAAUAGCACAGUUGGAUGUGAAAACCAUCGCGCUGUUAUCGCAUCUCCUGUGCACAAAUCUACAGUCUACUCCAUCGAAACAUCUGUUAUGCUGCGUCGAUUAACUUCUUUCGAAUCUGCCUUCUACAUUUGCUUUAAAAUGUCUGAUCCAAUUUUCGAUGACAAUCAAACAAUCCACUGGGUAUACGCCAAGCCAAUGUCUUCUGAUUCAGUUGUCACACUCAAAACAGCCUCCACCAUUAUGCCUUUAUGGGUUCAGAUUAUUCUAAUUAUUAUUCUCUUCUCCUUAUCUGGUCUAUUUUCGGGUCUUAAUCUCGGACUUAUGGCUCUAGAUAAAACGGAACUCAAGAUUAUUGAAAGCGCAGGUGACCCAGACGAAAAGCGUUAUGCUAAAAUAAUUCGUCCAGUUAGAGAACGCAGUAACCUUCUUCUCUGCACCAUCCUACUUGGCAAUGUGACUGUAAAUACCUCUCUCACAAUCCUCAUGGACAAUCUAACAGGCAGUGGCUUGUUUGCAGUUAUCGUGUCUACUCUUGGUAUCACCACAUUCGGUGAAAUUAUUCCCCAGGCUAUUUGCUCACGACACGGUCUUGCUAUCGGUGCAAAAACGAUUUGGCUCACUCGAUUUUUCAUGGUUCUCAUGUUUCCCAUCGCUUUUCCAAUCAGUUUCAUACUCGAUAAGGUAUUGGGGGAGGAUAUUGGCCAAGUGUACAACAAAGAAAAACUUGGUGUCCUUUUGAAAGAGCAGAUACACUGCAAGAGUGUAGAUAUGGCUAUUUCUACUUGUCUUGUUCUUGCUUUCCAGCAAAACGCUGGACUGGUCGCUCCAGAUGAAAUGAACAUUAUCGCCGGUGCCUUGAAUAUGUCUACGAAAACAGUGAAGGAUAUAAUGACACCACUUAGUGACGCCUUUAUGCUACCCAACACAGCUCUCCUCGACUUUGACACAAUGAAUGAAAUCUUCUCUCAUGGCUUUACUCGUAUCCCCAUGUACGAGGGCGAUCGUACGAACAUUAAGGCCAUUCUUAACGUGAAAGACCUUGGAUUCAUCAAUGCCGACGACAAAGUGCCUGUCGCCACAGUGUGUAACUUCUAUAAUCGAUCGAUUGUUGUGGUUCCUGAGUCUACCAGUCUUGAAGCUAUAUUGAAGGAGUUCAGGCAGGGCAAGACCCACAUGGCCUUCGUUGAGCGCAUUGAGCCAAAUGGAGUUGGUGACCCCUACCAGGAACUCGUUGGUUUAGUCACUCUGGAAGAUGUUAUCGAGGAGAUUAUUCAGGCUGAGAUUGUCGAUGAAACAGACAUCUUCACCGACAAUACCAGAAAGCAACCACGGAUUGUCAAGAAGGCAGACUUCCGAGUGUUCAAAAAUACCACAAACACAAAUAAACCGCGACACCAUCUAUCGCCACAACUCAAAAUUGCCGCUCUUCGACAUUUGGCAUCAAACAUUGAUGCCUUCAAAGAUGAAUACGUGGCUCUCUCUGUACUCCAAUCUAUGCUCAAUUCCAACGUUGUUAUUAACCAUCUCUUUAAUUCCCACAACGACAAUGACAAUAUAAUCUAUAAGGCAAAUCAAUACGCCAACUAUGCUGUGCUCAUACUGCAAGGCAGGGCUCUGGUGGAGACUAGUAAUGAGCGCCUCCUUUUUGAAGCUGGACCCUUCAUGCUCUUCGGUGAAACUGUUUUCAAAUACGUGAAUGACAUCUAUCCAGAGGUCUCCACUCUCAAAGAUCCCGAAUUACAAUCUGCCCAACUAGCUGCCCGGGCUCGAUUUCUUCCCGAUUACACAGUGCGUGCAACCACCAACAUUGAGUAUCUUCGUAUUACUGCUGAGCAUUACCUGCUUGCUCGCAGACUUACCGUCUGGGUUACUAAACUGCAUCCUCAAGGCCUGGCUGCGUUGGAGCCUCGUGAAACUGAUUCAUCACAAGCAGAGGUAGACACAAAUAGCCUGAGGAGAUCCACCUUUUGCGCUAACCGCAAAGACUCCUGUUGUGUCUCUGCUCUGCAAAGUGAGAGUCAGGACUUCUUUCAAUCUGCUUGGGAUCGUCAUAUCUCUCAUCUACGUGAGGCUACACGAGCGACUGUUCUUGCGUCGAUUGUGGAUAUUAGUGGUUGUGGAAUGGGAUCAGCCCCUAGACCGAAUUCAAGGUCUACCACCUCUCCUACUCUGGGACGUCAUUCUAUUUUUGUAUCUGACGGACCAGGUCUUUUGGAUUCAGUUGGAGAAAAUUAUCCAGGUUCACCACCCUCCGAUUCGAAUAGGAAACAUAGUGAAGGUUUUGGGACGGCGGAAAUGACCUCCCCUAGGCGUCCUUUGCGUUUCUCCAUGCCAGGUUUAAAAUUCAACCAGCCGAUAGCUGUCACGCGACUUGAAGCACCGAAAGAAAGUCACUCUAAAGAGGAGGAGGAGGAGGAGGAAGAAGAAGAUUUGAUUGAUCGAAGUCCCAGUCCUACCUCCAAGCAGUAA